GUCAAAACAGCAUGUUUCAAAGAGGUUAUGUUAUUUAUUUUGCGAACAUUUUUAUAAUUUAAGCUAUUUUCAAUUAAAUAACAAAAAUGUCAGACGAAGAAGAAACUAAACCGUGUAAUUUCCACGAAAUGGAACUAGACGAUCGCAUAUUGAAGGCCAUAGCGAAACUGGGCUGGCAGAAUCCCACAGCUAUACAGGAAAAAUGCAUUCCGCUGCUGUUAGAAGGUAAAGAUGUGCUGGUGAGAGCCCGAACAGGAUCCGGUAAAACCGCCGCCUUUUUAAUACCUGUUAUACAGAAACUUUUAAACAUCAAACAAACGGCCGCCGAGCAAGAGAUAAAAGCCUUGAUAUUGGCCCCGAGUAAAGAAUUAUGCCGACAGAUCUGCGGCGUGAUCAAAGAUUUAACGAUAAAGUGCUCCAGGGAAAUAAGACAUGUAGAUAUCUCGCAGCAAGUCGAUCUAAACGUGCAGAAACCCCUUUUAGUCGAGAAACCUGACAUAGUAGUGGGCACUCCGGGUCGAGCUUUACAGCAUUUAAACGCAGGAAACUUAACACUAAAGAAAUCCCUAGAUUUACUAGUCAUCGACGAGGCUGACUUGGUAUUCUCUUUCGGCUACGAAGAAGAAAUGAAGAAAGUAAUCGAGCACCUCCCGAAAAUCUACCAAGCUAUACUAGCCUCGGCUACGCUUAGCGAAGACGUGAAGAAUCUAAAGAGCUUGGUGCUUCACAAUCCCGUUAUACUCAAGCUAGAAGAACCCGAAUUAGCACCCGCAUCUCAAUUAACCCACUACCAUUUAAACGCAGAGGAGAUGGACAAAGCAGCCAUACUUUAUGCGCUAUUAAAACUACAUUUAAUAAGAGGAAAAACUAUAAUAUUCGUCAAUUCGGUAGACAAGUGCUAUAAAAUCAAACUGUAUUUAGAACAGUUUGCUAUCAGGACUUGCGUGCUUAAUUCCGAAUUACCCGCCACGAUUAGAUGUCAUGCGGUUAACCAGUUCAAUCAAGGUAUCUACGAUAUAAUAGUAGCCUCUGAUGAAAAAUCGCUAGAAGAACCAUCGGCGGGCGGUAGCCGAGAAAACCCGAAGAAAAGCAAACGAAGAAAAGACAAAGAAAGCGGUGUAUCGAGGGGAAUCGACUUCCAAUUCGUCGCUAAUAUAAUCAACUUCGAUUUCCCGCUCGAUGUCCAAUCGUACAUCCACCGAGCCGGUCGAACGGCCAGAGGCAACAACCAAGGCAGCGUUUUAUCUUUCGUGAGCAUGAAGGAGGCGCCUUUGAAAGAAAAAGUGGAAGAGGAGCUGCGGCAAGGCGAGCACGACCUGGCGGUGUUCAAGACCUACCAGUUCAAACUGGAAGAGGUGGAAUCGUUCCGGUACAGGGCCAAAGACGCCUGGCGGGCCGUCACGAAAAUCGCCGUGCGCGAGGCCAGAUUGAAGGAGAUCAAGCAGGAGAUCAUGAACUGCCAGAAACUGAAGAGCUACUUCGAGGACAAUCCCAGGGACCUGGAGGUGCUGAGGCACGACAAGGCCCUGCACACGGUGAGAAUCCAGCAACAUUUAGCCGACGUGCCCGAGUACAUAGUCCCUCCUACAUUGAAGAGCCUCGCGAACGUGGGCAAGAGCAAAAAACGCAAGAGGGAAUACCAGAAUAGCGACAGCUCUAAUUCGAAAUAUCAGAUGAAGAAGAGCAAUCCUCUGUUGAGCAUGCAAUUCGAAGGGUUCAGCAAGAAGAAAAAGAAGUAAUGUAAAUCGUUUUAUUCAAAUAAAA